AUGUUAUCUGAAUUAGAUAAGAAAAUGUGUUCUAGACAUAAAUUAGAAAUUUUGACAAUAGAUUUAAAGUAAUCAACUGCUGAAGAGGAUAAAUACCUUUGUAUCAAGUGUCUAAUGGAGAAGAUUGAUAUAUAAAAUAUGGCUUUGGUUGAAGAGACUAAAACAAUGAUUAAACAAAUGAAAAAUGAACAAUUGAGUUAUAAACUCAAAGAAUAUUAAAGAAAGAUUGAGAAUUAUAGGGAAAUUCAAUCCUAAGUGAAAGAAUUGAAAAUGUCUAUUAAUAAUACUUUAGACAAAGUUUAAUGUAAUAUAGAUUAGAAAAUAACUUAAAUGGAAAAUGAAUUAGAGUAAUCAGAAUCAAAAAUCUAAGUGUCUUCUUUUGAAGAAGAUGUAACACUUUUAUCAAAGAAUUACAAAGGAUCAUUCAGUUUUGAAUUACCUAAAUAAUUGGAUAAAUCUAUAGAUGACAAUUCUUAUGUUGAUUCAAUCUAAUAGUAAUUGUAAUUCAUAAUUAAAUGUCCAAUUCUUAUUUAAAUUAAUCAAACCUUAGAAAAAACUAAAGUGGAAGAUGAACAUUCAGAAAUUAAAUAAUUAUAAUUAAAUUCUAAAAAGGAUGAAAACACAUAAGUAAUUAUUACCUUAUAAAUAAAAUUAGAAAACACCAAGUUUGAAUAUCUAAUGUAAUAAACAUGGAAAAGAAAUUAUCAUGUUUAAUUUGAAUUCUGAUAAAACUAAAUUAUCAAGAUUAGCUUGUGUAGAGUGUAUCUAAUCAAAUGAUCCAAUUAAAUACACAACUAUAAAUGAUGCUAAUUAUAAAUGGAAUGAAUAUUUAGGAUAAACAAGUGAUUAAGUUAAGUAAUUUUAGAAUUAAAGAUGUUCAAAAUAAAUUUAAAUCAUUCAAAUUCUUGAGGAAAUUAAACAAAAAUAUAAUUCUACAAUUUCAGAAAUAAUCAAUAAAGUUAAUAUUUAAUAUUCUAUGUUCUCUCAAAAUGAUAAUAAUGAGUAGUUUAAUGAAAACAUGAUUUAUUAAAUGAAUAUUGACUAAAUUAAUGAAUUGACAGAAAUAUUAAGUUAAACUGAUAAAUUCCAAGCUUUGUUUGAAAAGUAAUUUAAUAUACAGAAAGAAGAUCUAAAUUAAUUUGAAAUGAUUUAAAAUAAUUUAGGAAAACUAUUAUAAAAUGAUUUAUUAUCCACUAAUAAGAUUAAUAUGAUAAUAAAGGAGUAAAGUUUAAAUGAAAGUGUACAAGAAGAGAAUCACAUUUAAAAUCAACAAUCAAUUAAGUAACUUAAAUUAUAAGUGCAACAUCUUAAGAUUUAUUAGGAUAUCAUAAAAGAUGCUUAACAUUAAUAUGAAUAAAUCAUGUUAACAAUAAAUAAUUUAUCAACUGAAUUUAAAGAUGUUUAAUUAUAGCAAGUACUAUUUUAUUAAUCUUUAUUAGUUUAAUCAAUUUGUAUCAUAAUUAGAUUAAGAUUGUUCUUUAAUUAUAAAACUAACUUAAUUUGAUAAAAUUUAAGCUGAACUACAUUAAAAUAAACAAGAUAAAGAAUACUUAUUUGAUCAAAUUAAAUAAAAUGAAAAUAUUAUUUAGUUGAAUCAAUAAAUGAUAAUUGAUUUUAAGAAACAUGAUGAAGAAUAAAUUAUAAUUAUUACAGAUCUAAAGAAUUAAAAGGAAUAAUUGUCAAUUAAAUUAAAAGAAUAUGAGUUAUAAGGUAAAUAUAAAUUAUAUUCAAUUACUUAUAGAAAAAUAAUUCGAAAUUAAACUUUAAGAAAAGGAAGGAGAUUUAGAAAGAUGUUAAAAAUCAAUUUAAAAGAAUGAACAAAUUGUUUAAUAGUUAUAGCAAACUGUGGUAUAAUUAGUAUCUUUAUUACAAGUAGCUUUAAUUAUUCUCAAAAUAACUGACAUUCUCAACAACUUAUAAGCAUAAUAAUUGUUCAGUAACCUAAAAUGCAAAACUUAUUGAAUCUGUUUCUGGUGGAUGGUAAUGCUGUAUGUGUGAUUAAAUGAUUCCUAAGAAUGGAGUGAUCUAAUUUGCUUUUAAAAUUAUUGAAAUGUCUUAUAUUAUGAUAGGAAUUGGUUUUAAGGAUAUUGUGUAGAGUAAGAAUUAUACUGAUUGUUAUUCUCUCGGUGGAGGGUAUGUAUUAUGAUAUUAAUAGUUUAAUAUAGAACAUAUAAUAGUCAUUGUUAAGGUUAUUGUUAUAAUCAUGAUUAAUAGGAUAAAAAUGCUAAGUAAAUAGCAUUUGCAUUUUCAACAAAUGAUAUCAUAAUUGUAGAAGUGGAUAUAGAAAAGAAGUAUGUGAAAUGGACAAAGUAAUCCACAAAUGAAUCAUUUGUAUCAACUCCAAUUUAUUCUUUUUAGACUCUCACCAUUGAUACAUCCUAAGAUUUGUAUCCAUGUGUACAUCUGUAUAUUUGA